AUGCCAAGGAAAGGAGGAGUCUGGGAGCCGCCAGUAUAUGUUGGCCCUCCAGACGAGGGCCCUAGAGCAGUGCGUACUGACAGUAAACGGCCACGCAAUCGUGCAAAGUGUCCCACUUGCUUUGAUCUUGAUCUCCGUUACAUUCCUCAGCCUCACAAAGACCCCAACUUCUGCUCCAUAGGCCAAGCUGCACGUCAAUGGAUUUCGAGCACUGAUCUGGCCAAAGAUAGCAAUUGUCCAUCCUGCCGCCUUCUAAAGUCUGCCUUCGACACCCUUGUGCGUGACGGCGAGCUUAUCGAUGCACCCUCAGACUCCGAAAUCAGUUACUCUAUUGCCAUUCUAGACCGAGACGACGAAAAGCCCAGUACUAACGGACCAAACAAGAAGACAGGCACCAAAGAGUCUGACGGGUCGAAAGGACUUAUUGUAAUGAUGAGGUGCGGAGCUGCGAUCAAAGGAAAAGAGGAAGAUGGGUUCCGGGAAGAGUUCAAGGUUGAAUUGUACACACCUUUUGAAGGUAGAUUCUGUCCAUUUGUGAGCAAGCUCCCAAGAGAUGCUGAUUAG